CUCACAUGGGGGUCCAACACGGUCCAGCAAUUACACAGCAUUAUGCAAAAAAAAAAACAUUUAUAUAUAACGUUUGAUCAGGAUCGUUAUCCAAUAACGUUGGGUAUUAAAAUAGACUUUAAGGGUGCGUAUUGGUUCGUCGCGGCAGGUGCCUUGUUAUAUUGUGAAUGGAUGCACCCCGCAGCCAGAAUGGUACAGCCUCGGUUCAUUCAUAAAAUUCUGAGGGAAUAUAUAGGAGGGGCUUGUACAGCAGGCUUAUCAGUGACCAGGUUUAUAUAUAAACCUGGAAAAGGGUGACUGGAAUCAGGGAAGCAAAGCUGACAGAGCGGAUCCCUGGUUUUUCUUUUUUUUUUUUUCUUCUGGAAACGUGCCUACGUGGAGAAAUGAUCCUUAGCAAAGCUGGUGUGGAGUCUGUGUCACGCUGCAGUUCUGCAUCUCCAGCCGGGGAGCUGAUGGAGACCACACAGGGCCCGGGGCCGGAUCGUGAGGCGCCUGCAGCUCCAUUUGUCCCCACAGUAACUGCAAUCUCCACCAGUCCAGAUUUGCAGUGGAUGGUGCAGCCGACCAUCAUCACAUCCGUGUCCCCGUCUGCGACCAGACCUGAACCUGGACAGACUGCAGCCAAGAGGAGUGGGGCCAAAGCGAAGAACACCGCCAGGAAGGGAAAAGUCGAGCAGCUCACACCAGAAGAGGAGGAGAAGAAGAGAAUAAGGAGAGAGAGAAAUAAAAUGGCUGCAGCCAAGUGCAGGAACAGAAGGAGAGAGCUCACAGACACCUUGCAGGCUGAAACAGACAAGCUGGAAGAAGACAAAGCAGCUUUGCAGGCAGAAAUAGCAAACCUUCUAAAAGAAAAAGAGAGACUUGAGUAUGUUCUUGCUUCUCACAAGCCUAUAUGCCAGCUGCCCGAAGAGCUGGAAAGCAUUUUCCCAGAGUCGCCACAGCCUCUCCCUUCUUCAGAGAUAUCUGGCCAACUUCCAGAGGAUGGUGCGCAGGACACCCCUUCUAUACAAGACUUGGAGACUCCGUCUGUUCCACCCACAGCUAUCUCAGGCAACUCUAAUAUCCUGCUGUGCUCCAGCGCAGAGGUCAGUUUGUGCGACCUUGAGCCGUCACUGGAUGUCAAGGAGGAGUUGCUGGAAAAUAUCCUUGGCAGUGUGGACGAGGACAGGAUCUCUGUGGAAAAAGCACGCUCAGUCCCUGACAUCGACCUCAACGGUUCCCUAGGCUUCACAGACUGGGAAACCCUGUACAAGUCUGUGGCCAAUGAUCUGGAGCCCUUAAGCACCCCUGUGGUGAGUGCCUCCACCCCUACAUGCAGCAACUACCUGUCCAUCUUUACUUUUGCCUGUCCAGAGCUGGAGUGUCUGACUGAGGAACUGGAUGGUUGCAAAGGUGGGGUAUCCAAAUCUGACACCAGUGUGGAUCUUCUAAACUCCCCUACACUCCUGGCAUUAUAAACAUUUAUCCAACGGAAACGAGGGUUUCACAAUCUCAAUUACUAGAUAUCACUGUGUUGUGAUAUCUGAGAAGAGUGGUAUUGAUGUGAAGCCGGCAGCAUCCACGACGUGUGUAAUGCGACCAAGAAAGUCCUAGUUUACCCUCUUCCAGAUACUCUUGAUGUAGCUAAGAGCAUGAAAAAAAAAAUCUAUGAAAUCCUAUCCUAUGGACAGUUAUGAACUAUGUACUGAUUCAAAAAGCAUGCACAAAGAUCUAAUAUAAAAUAAUACAUAAAUAAAUGAAUAUAUAUAUAUAUAUGUAAGAGUUUUAUAUCUGUUUGAUCUUCUGUGAGGUCUUCUGUAAGCUAUAUUGUGCACUGUUCGCUGUGCAGUUUUGUGUUUUUGAUGGCAAUAGUUUAUCAAUGUUGUGCUUUAGUAUAUAUUCUUGACGUUUCUUACAUACCUCAGUGUCAUCAUGCGGUCUGUGUUAUGACAUCAUUAAUAAUGUUUAGAGUUUUCCAUGAAAACAUCCAGUGGUAUAUCAAUCAAAAUGUAUUUUAUGAUACUUUAUUUUUCUACCUUAUAAAUUUUUGACUUGUGCGUCAGAUGAAAAGAGUUAAAUGAGCACUGAUUUCUUAUGAAUUAAUAAUCACAUUAAAUAUUCAUGCAAUGUGGUAUUGGUUUAAUUUCUGUUCAUCUCGGAGCUCCAUGUCCUCUCUGUGUCUGCGUGGGUUUCCUCCGGGUUCUCUGGUUUCCUCCUACCUCCACCCACGCCGAGAGGUGGAUUAAUUCUAUAAAAUUUUAUGCCUCAUGCCUGUUGUUCCUGGGAUAGGCUCUGGAUCCACCUCAACCCUGAUCAGAAUAAAGAGCCUAAUGAAGUCCAAGGAGUGAAGAUAUGUUUAAUUAUUAAUGUUAGUAAUGUAUUAUUAAUGUUAAUUUAGAUUUAACAGCUCUGCUGAGGGCUAUUAAACAUGCUUAUUCCUAUUAGACAUAAAGCCAGUAGUAAUGAGACAUCAAUACCCUCUGCUGGCUGUGGUAUCAUGUCAAGUGGUGUGUCUCACCCAUUUAUUAGAUGCAAAAAAUAAAUGUUUAGAAGCCUAUGCAGUGCAAAAGCAUGUCACAUCGUCAUAAUUGUAUGUGGUUUAAUAAAAUAUGAGCUAGCCUAGACUGUAACUAGGAUGUCUUGUGAGUAGUGCUAAGAUUACAGGUUAGAUUCACAGAUACUAGGGAAAUGUUCCCUUCCAUGUAGGCUGAGCCUCUGCUUGGACAGCUUCUUUCUGAGCU